AUGGAUGUGGCGGUGCGGAUGGGUGACUUUGAGCUGGUGGCGCGGCUGGUGCCUCGGAUGGAUGCCGAAGCGCUGGCUGGUGGUCUGCUCGAGGCCGCAAAGACGAGUGAGCCGCAUGCUGUGGAUGAGCUGGAGCCACUGUUUGAAGCUGUGGCUGCUGAUGAGGCGGCUUGGGGUGAGGGCGGCAUCAUGGGGAGGGUCGCGCUGGCCGCCGCCAUCAGGAAGCGGGCAGAUCUCGUGCUGCGGGUCGUGAGUGACGUGCGGUUUGUGUCGGAGAAGGCGGCGUCGGCUGUUCUCCGCCCUGCUGCUCGGCACAACCUGCUCGCUGUAGUGGAGCGCUUGCUGUCUGACGGACGUGCAGAUCCUGCUUCCGGGAACUUGCUCGACGUUGUGGCUGCGCUGCUUGCUGACGGGCGAGCCGAUCCCAUGGCGCACGAGCAUGCGGCGCUCACCUCUGCCAUCUGCUCAAACAACGAGGUCAUUGUCCAGCUGCUCCUGGCCGACUCGCGCGUCGAUCCCACCGCCCACGGCCACCGCGCACUCCGCACGGCUGCAAAGGCCGGGCAUCUUUCCCUACUCCACGUACUCUUGGCGGACGCUCGGGUGGACGCUGUAGUUGGCGCCACCAUGGUCCUCCUCGAAGCGGCAUCGUGCGGACAGGUGAGCGUGGUGCUCGAUCUCUUGGCUGACGGACGAGCCCACCCGGGACACGGUGACAAUGCGGCAGUGAAGUCGGCAGCGGAGCGGGGCCACGACGCUGUGGUAGAAGCGCUCCUCGGCGACACCCGUGUAGAUCCCAGCGCUGCCGAGAACCACGCGCUCUACUACGCCGUCCGGCGUGGAAACGAAGGUGUUGCGCUCAUGCUCCUUGCCGACCCGCGCGUAUCGCCGAGCACGCGCCUCGACGACAUCCUCUUCUACGCCGUGCUGACGAAGAUGGACCGGGUUGUAGAGGUGGUGCUGGACGACCCAGAGAUCGAUGGGGCAGACAUUGGCGAAAGGGUCUUCUCUGUGGCCGCGCGUAUGGGACGCACUUCACUCAUGACGCAGCUGUUGGCGCAGCCGUCAGCGACUAUGGGACGCACUUCACUCAUGACGCAGCUGUUGGCGCAGCCGUCAGCGACGGUGAGCCCGGGUGUGUUCUCGAUCGCGUGCUCUAGCAACGAUCCGGACUUGGUGCGCACGAUGCUGGCAGACCCGCGUGUGGACCCGGCCGCAGACGACGGUGCGGCCGUGGUGGUGGCGUCAGAGCACGGCUCGGAGAUGCUGAUUCGUCUCGUGCUCGCCGACGAGCGUGUGGAUGCCGGUCUGCUCUCAAAGUGUGUUGCUGCAGUCUGCAACCGCGGCAUGGAGCAGCUCGCGCUCGACCUCUUGGACCAUCCCGCCUUGAGCUUGAGCGAGUGCGGGCCAGCGGCGCUCUACGGCGCAUCUGCUGUGGGAAGUUUGGCCAUUGUGGAGCGGCUGCUGGCGUGCCCGGACGUCGAUCCGGGAGCGUUGAGGAACAUGGCGGUGCGCGAGGCGGCGGCGUGCGGGCACGACCAUGUGGUGGCCGUACUCAUGGCUGACGCGCGCGUGGACCCGAGCGCGCAGAGGCAAGACGCGCUGCUACGUGCGGCUGCAUGCGGCCACACCGGUGUGGUCACGGUGCUUCUGACCGACCCGCGGGUCGAUCCCGCGUACGGCAACCACGCAGCAGUCCGUCGAGCGCUGCAUCCUUCGCGCGAAGACACACUCCUUGCGCUCCUAGCCGACCCGCGGGUCGAUCCGACGUUCUCCAACCAGUACCCGCUGCGCGAGUGUGCUUCACUGGGGAUGACGCGCGCGCUGACCGUGCUUGUCGGCGACCAGCGCGUGGACGUGGCUGUCGCCGACAACUACGCGAUCCGCGAGGCGGCGAUCCGGGUUCGUCUGCCCGCUUUGCGAGUCCUCCUCGCGACGCCGGGCGUCGAUCCUGCCGCCAAACGUCAGGCGGCGCUGCGUCGGGCCGCUGCACGCGGCUCUGCGCUCGUGGUGGAGCUGCUCCUUACUCAUCCGCGCGUUGACCCGAUGGUCGGGCGCUGCGAGCCGCUCCGCAUAGCUGCGUUGCACGGGCACGCUGGCGUUGUGGCCGCGUUGGUGGCCGACGGUCGCAUCACCCACCGUGCGCUCACCGCAGCUCUUCGCCUCGCUGCCGGCAACACGUACGUGACAAACUGUCUCACAACCGUCAUGCAGACUGAAGUGAUGCCCGCCCACGAUGGAACGAUGUGA